GUGCAGUGCUGGGGUAGCAAUGGCGACGGUCAGCUCGCUGACGGCACUACUAUAUACCGACUUACUCCCGUCCUGGUUUCGGGCAUCACGACGGCGACGUCAGUCUCCGCGGGUGGCUCCAUGAGUGGCAGCCACACGUGCGCCCUGCUCGCCGACGGCACGGUGCAGAGCUGGGGUUACAAUGCCAACGGUCAGCUCGGAGACGGCACUACUACAAACCGACUUACUCCCGUCCUGGUUUCGGGCAUCACGACGGCGACGUCAGUCUCCGCGGGUGGCGGCCACACGUGCGCCACGCUCGCCGACGGCACGGUGCAGUGCUGGGGUUACAAUGACAAAGGUCAGCUCGGAGACGGCACUACUACACACCGACCUACUCCUGUCCUGGUUUCGGGCAUCACGACGGCGACGUCGGUCUCCACGGGUGGCGCCCACACGUGCGCCAUGCUCGCCGACGGCACGGUGCAGUGCUGGGGUUACAAUCUCGACGGUCGGCUCGGAGACGGCACUAAGACAAACCGACUUACUCCUGUCCUGGUUUCGGGCAUCACGACGGCGACGUCGGUCUCCGCGGGUGGCAGCCACAAUUGCGCCAUGCUCGCCGACGGCACGGUGCAGUGCUGGGGUGUCAAUGUCAAUAGUCAGCUCGGAGACGGCACUACUACAAGCUCGAAUAUUCCCGUCCAGGUUUCCAACAUCACGACGGCGACGUCAGUCUCCGCGGGUUACGACUUCAAUUGCGCCACGCUCGCCGGCGACACGGUGCAGUGCUGGGGUUACAAUGACAAAGGUCAGCUCGGAAACAACGCUACUACAAGCUCGAAUAUUCCCGUCCAGGUUUUGGGCAUCACGACGACGACGUCAGUCUCCGCGGGUGGCUCCUCGGGUGGCGGCGGCGUUCCGGGCACCAUCGUUCCGUUGCGCUCCGCGGAUACGUUGAGCGACGUUGAAAUCGCCGGUAUUGCCGUCGGUUGUAUUGCGUUCGUCAUCAUCUUGACUCUCAUCGGGCUCUGCGUCAGGUCGCGCCGCCGCGCCGACGACAAGCUCCGCGCGCGCCUCGGCAUCCCCACCCGCGGCGCUCCCGUCGCCGUUACGCCGCAACAGCCGCAAGUCAUCGUUAUUCAAACGUGA